UCCAAUUAACCCCAUUUUGUCCAAAAUCUGAAACACUUUAAUCGCAUGUGACAAUUGCUCAAUGACAAACAAAAUGGAAUUGAAAGAAGUAAGCCGGACGGCGACGAUUGAAGCCUUGCCGCUUACCAGUUACCAGCUCAUGCGUCUCCAUGGAUAACGCUUGCGGCUCCGGUUAGGAGUAGCGGAGCUUCAACGCAUAGCUACAGAAGCAUUUUAUCCACUAACCGUGGAAUCUCAAGCAGUGUUGAAGUUCCUCAUCGCAGUUGUGCAGUUCACCUCUCACUCUCGUCGUGAUCGUUACCUUCGUAUAUUUACUGCUUUAGUUCGACGCAUCGCCUGAAUUUUCCGGAUACAAAUUUAAGGAAAUGAAUGUCCACCAUAGCUCUCAUAGAAAUAGUGUGGAGAAACCAGAAGCCCACAAACCUUUUAACAAGGAUGCCGCACUUGGAUGUGAUCUUUGGACAGAUGGGCUUAUUUGUGCUUUUGAAUAUAUUGGGAGACCAAAAAAAUCAAUUGAUUCAAAAUCCAAAUCCAAGAUGACAGAUAGGCGACAAAUGAAUAGUGAAUUUCCAACCAUGCUGUUGCCUACGACUGAACUGAAUAAUGGCAAUGCCAAUACACACGAGAGGAAAAUAUUAUUCGAACCUACAUCCUCGGAGGAUCUGAAGAGCCCAUGUGGCCAGUUUUGUGAAAGAGAAAAAGUUGAGAGCAAUAGUUGGUUACCUAUAGGAUGGGACAGAAUAUCAGAGCUGGUUCAAACGAUACAAGUAGAUGCGGAAUGGGCCUCAAUGUCAUGUGAUUUUAUGGAUGAAGAAGACGACCUUACAGUUGCAGAUCUUGUAGCACCUUAUUGGAAGCGACCAGCUGGACCUAUAUGGUGGUGCCAUGUCUCUGCAAACCACCCUUCUGUGGAGGCAUGGCUCAGAACUGCUCACUGGUUGCAUCCUGCCAUCAGUUUGGCUUUAAGAGAUGAAAGUCGACUGAUAAGUGACCGCAUGAAGCAUCUUUUCUAUGAGGUUCCAGUAAGGGUGGCUGGAGGACUGCUAUUUGAACUACUUGGACAAUCUGCUGGUGAUCCAUUCAGUGAUGAGGAUGACAUUCCCAUUGUACUUCGUUCUUGGCAAGCUCAGAACUUCCUGAUAACAUCAUUACAUGUUAAAGGAUCAAUAUCAAAUAUAAACAUUUUAGGCAUCACAGAAGUUCAGGAACUUCUGAUAAUAGGAGGUUAUAAUGCACCAAGAACAGUGCAUGAAGUUGUAGCACAUCUAGCUUGCCGUCUUACAAGAUGGGAUGAUAGGUUAUUUCGAAAAUCCAUAUUCGGAGCAGCAGAUGAGAUUGAAUUGAAAUUUAUGGACAGGAGAAACCAUGAAGAUAUGCAUCUUUUCAGUAUAAUCUUGAAUCAAGAAAUCAGAAAAUUAUCAAGACAGGUUAUUAGAGUAAAGUGGUCACUGCAUGCGAGGGAGGAGAUUGUAUAUGAGCUUCUUCAACAUCUACGAGGGUAUGUCACGAAAGGCUUAUUGGAGAGCAUAAGAAAGAGUACUAGGCAAAUGAUUGAAGAGCAAGAAGCAGUUCGUGGUCGUUUAUUCACCAUUCAAGAUGUCAUGCAGAGUAAUGUUCGUGCAUGGUUACAGGAUAAAAGCCUCCGAGUAACUCAUAACUUAGCUGUUUUUGGUGGCUGUGGCCUUGUUCUUUCCAUUAUAACCGGGCUGUUCGGAAUCAACGUAGACGGGAUCCCCGGAGCACAAGAUACACCAUAUGCAUUUGGAAUAUUUACGGCUAUCCUAUUCUUCUUAGGAAUUGCACUGAUGGCAGGGGGCCUGGUUUACCUCGGAUUGAAGAAGCCCAUGGCAGACCAAAUGGUUGAAGUCAGGAAGUUAGAACUGCAAGAGUUGGUUAAAAUGUUUCAGCAUGAGGCAGAAACUCAUGCACAGGUACGAAAAUCUAUUACUCGUAAUAAUAUGCCUCCUACUGCAAGAGAUAUUUUCCCAGCUGAUGCCGAUUAUGUGCUCAUCGAAUGAAGAUGGCGACUCCGUAAAUGGUAAAGAUGGAGCUCAACUUGACAGUGGUAGAUUGUCCAACAACUGCAACUUGACUAUUAGAGAAUGCUCAAGGGUGACAUUAUUUGCUUAUUUCUUGGCUAUAAAGAAGAGGGUAACAGCCCAUGAAAGCUAUUGGUCAGUUGAAGCAUAAAUACAUUAUUAGAGUAUAAGCAUAAAUUUUCUGUAGUAAAUGUAAACAUAAAUAAUCAAAUAUAAUCCAAUGGCUCAUUGUCUCUUUUUCUCUUGAGAAAGUAUGGCACAGGUUUUAUAUUGAUUUAUUGAGACUAGAAUCGUUCUGUUGCUUA